CCUGCCCCUGCACCGCUCCGUGUGUGUGUGUGUCCUGUGUGUGUCUGUGAUGUUUACCCUGUAUGUGUGUGUACAUGUGUGUGGCAGGUGUGCACCUCCUCCCUGACACGCAGUUGUACACAUGUAUGACCAGCCAGCAUUGUACAUCCCUGGACCAGAGAUGUGACAUGGACCACGGCACUCGCUACAAGCCCCAGAUGAGUGGGGGCUCCAGGUGAAGGGUGGGGGUAUGACUCUCCCCCUGGACCACAGCUGGAUCUCAACUUCAUCCUCCUGGAUUGGGCCUGGGACCCGGCACUUUCCUACAGACCUUGGCCAUGUCGCCACCGGCAUCAGCCGCCAGCGAGAGCAGCACAGGGUCCGUACCGCAGGACAGUACCGAUGCUGUACGAGAACUGCAAAGGCCGGUAAAGCAGUCGCUCAGCAAGUCUCUAUGCCGUGAAUCCCAUUGGAAAUGUCUCCUGCUGUCUCUCCUCAUCUAUGGCUGUAUGGGGGCCAUGACCUGGUGCCAUGUUACUAAAGUCACUCGCUUGACUUUUGACAGCGCCUAUAAAAGCAACUCGAUGAUGUACCACGACAGUCCCUGCUCCAACGGCUACGUCUACAUCCCCUUGGCCUUCCUUGUCAUGCUGUAUGUGGUCUACCUGGUGGAGUGCUGGCACUGCUACACACGCAAUGAGCUGCAAUAUAAGGUGGAUGUUGAGAGCGUUCAGGAACGCGUGCAGAGGAUGCAGCAGGCAACGCCGUGCAUCUGGUGGAAGGCGAUCAGCUAUCAUUAUGUACGUAGGACUCGUCAAGUGACUCGUUAUCGCAAUGGAGACGCCUACACAACUACCCAAGUCUACCACGAGCGCGUCAAUACUCAUGUGGCAGAGUCAGAGUUCGACUACAGCAACUGUGGCGUGAAGGACGUUUCCAAAGACCUGACUGAUCUAGACAGCUAUCCGGCCACUCGACUAAGGUUUACCAAAUGCUUCAGUUUUGCGAAUGUGGAGUCAGAGAACUCAUAUUUGACACAGAGGGCUCGAUUUUUUACAGAGAAUGAGGGUCUGGAUGACUACAUGGAGGCUCGCGAAGGCAUGCACCUAAAAAAUGUGGACUUCAAGGAAUACAUGGUUGCUUUUUCUGAUCCAGAUAACCUUCCUUGGUACGUGUCCCACUACGUCUUUUGGGUGGCUGCUCUCCUAACCCUGUCUUGGCCACUAAGAGUCCUCAAUGAGUACCGCACCUCGUGUGUUCACUAUCAUGUAGAAAAGCUCUUUGGCUUUGACUUUACACCGGUGACACCGGCGACACCGGCCGAUGAUCGAACCAUAUGUAGGAGAAUGCCACGUGUUAACACCAUCGACAGUACAGAGCUGGAGUGGCACAUACGCUCCAAUCAGCAACUGGUGCCCAGCUACUCUGAAGCGGUUCUGAUGGAUCUAGUGGGCAUUUCUUCAAGUUACACAGCCUGCCGGUACACUCGAGGUUAUCGCCAGAACUGCGAGCGCUGCCAUCGCACCAUGAGCAGCUCCUCCAUCUUUUCCCGUAGCGCUCUCAGUAUCUGUAAUGGCAGUCCCAGGAUCCCCUUCAGCAGCAGUCGCUUCUCUCUGGGACGAUUAUAUGGGUCCCGCCGGAGUUGUCUGUGGCAGAGCCGCAGUGAAAGCCUCAAUGAGCAGGGUUGUCCCACAGAACAGACACGGCUGUCCAGCCAAGUGACUGUGGAGGAGGAAGAACCUCCCCCAUACCAGGAUGCUCUCUACUUCCCCAUCCUCAUCGUCCAUCGUAAUGAAGGCUGCACGAACCACGACCACCGACGUCUCCAUCGUAACGGCUCUUGUGUAGAAACAUCACUGUGA